UCACAUGAUUCCCUGACUCAGUCUGUAGGAACGUCUUACUGACAGCAAUAAAAACAAGUCGUUUUGUUCGUUUUUUAGCUGAUAUUUCGACACUAAGACUGUCACAAGAUGUCGUGUGGAAAGGGAAUGAUGUGUGGAGGGGUUUCUAAUGUUCCAACUGAGGCCGAUGAAAAGAUCCAGACGAUCUGUGAUGGGGUAAAGGCCGCUGCUGAGGAGAAAGCAGGCAAGAAAUAUGAGGUUUUCAAAGCCAAGAGCUACACCUCUCAGGUUGUGGCUGGGACCAACUACUUCAUCAAGGUCCAUGUUGGAGAAGAGGAUCACGUUCACCUGCGUGUUUGGGCAAAGCUCCCACAUCAGGGAUCAGGGACAGAACUGAGUGCCAUUCAGCAAUCAAAGAGCCACAGCGACCCUAUUGAGUACUUCUAAUAAGAUCCUAAAUAAAACAACGCAUCAGUGCCUACGGCUGCUCUUAUCACAGUUAUAAUCAAAUACUCCUGGUUUAGUCUAUAAAACAAUGCAGUUCCCAUUCCUCACCUUUUUUUAAUCUUACAGAAUAAUACUGUAUUAAUCAGGAUUACAUGUAACUAUUUUAUAUAAAGUGAAUUAAUAAAUGGACCAGAUUCUUUUCUGAAAUGUCAA